AAACUCAAAGCAGCAGAAGAAGAAGAAGAAGAAGAAGAAGAAGCCUUAGCACUACGCAGUUGGUGUGAUCGGAUUUGUGAUUUCUUUUCCGCGGUGGAGUUUUUUUUAAUAAGAACACAGAUUAAUACAUAAAGGGUCGACCAACAGGACGAGGAUGAGGUUCUAGUUGUCUGUGACCCGGAUUAAACUACGUGUUGCAGCUUGUUUGGACAUCUUUCACUUUAUCUAUUAGCAGCACUAGCUCAGAGUCGCUCCAUUGGUGUGCUCGUUUUGUUUGUCUCUGAUGGAAUAUCACGGAGGGGGGGCGGGGCUGAGCGGCGGUAACGUCCCGGCCUUCCUCACCAAACUAUGGACCCUGGUGGAGGAUCCGGAAACCGACCCGCUCAUCUGCUGGAGCCCGAGCGGAACCAGUUUCCACGUGUUCGACCAGGGCCGCUUCGCUAAAGAAGUUCUACCAAAGUUCUUCAAACACAACAACAUGGCCAGCUUCAUCAGACAGCUUAACAUGUAUGGUUUCCGUAAAGUUGUGCACAUCGAGCAAGGUGGUUUGGUGAAACCAGAGAGAGACGACACAGAGUUCCAACAUCAGUUCUUCAUCAGAGGAGAAGAACACCUGCUGGAGAAUAUCAAACGGAAAGUCACCGCUGUGUCGUCUGUGCGGCAGGAGGAAGUGAAAAUGUCUGCACACGAUGUGAACAAGAUGCUGAACGAUGUCCAACAGAUUAAAGGGAAACAGGAAACCAUCGACUCCAGAAUCAUCUCCAUGAAACAUGAGAACGAGGCUCUGUGGAGAGAAGUUGCCAGUCUGAGACAGAAACAUGUGCAGCAGCAGAAAGUCGUCAACAAGUUGAUCCAGUUCCUGGUUUCUCUAAUCCAGUCCAACAGGAUUCUGGGAGUCAAGAGAAAAAUUCCGCUGAUGUUGAACGACUCGAGCUCCUCCCACUCCAUGCCAAAAUACACUCGCCCUCUCUCAUUGGAGCAUGUGCAGGCUGCAGCCAGUUUAUUCUCAACUGACCCCCUGGUGACCUCUGGACCAAUCAUCUCUGACAUCACUGAUGUGGGCAGGCCCACCGGCGAGGAUGUGCUCUGUCAUUGGAACGAUGCAGAAGAAAGUCCAGCCGCCAACAUCAAAGAGGAGGCAUCCCUUCCUGAGGUAGAGGCGUGUCCAGUUCUGGAGAGCGGAGAUGGUCAUGCAGACACGCCCCUCUCCCCCACCACAUUCAUCAACUCCAUCUUACAGGAAAACGAGACUCAGCCAAACCAAAACAAUUCCACCCCAGCCAGUCCCAUUGUUGUGAUGAGCCCCGUCUCUACUGGAUCUCUUUCUCCAUCUCCAGCCAGCCAAUCGCUUGCAUCUGUUCCCUCACCUAAUUCUGCCCUCAGCCCAACCAAAGCUGAGCAGAAAUGUCAAACCAUCGCCUGUAUUGACCGGCCCCGCCCCUCUCCCUCCUCAGGUGGACUGUCACCUGAUCGUUGGCGUUUCUUAUCAACACGAACCGACAAGUCUGAACUGUCCAAUCACGUCGACUGCAUUGACAGCAGUCUGGAGAACCUGCAGAGCCUCCUGAACACACAGGCCUUCACCUUCGACACCUCUCCGCUGAUGGAGUUUUUCAGUUCUUCUUGUCCAUCUGGAGACUUCGAUCUGGACAGUUUGGACACUCUGCUGUCAGAAGACGUCCCUAAUGGAAGUGUGGAAAGCAGCAACUCCAUCAAUGCAGGGAAACAGCUUGUGCAGUUCACAGCCACACCUGUCCUGAUGUCUGAACCAAUCAGCUCGGAGGCAGACCUGCCCUCCCUCCUGGAGCUGGAGGCGGGGCCUUUCUUCUCUGACUCUCCCACUGAUGAUGCUGCUGAUGCUCUGCUAAACCCAUCACAACUGGACUCUGACCUCUGAUGUCCUCAGCAAGAAAGGGGUGUGGAAUGAGAUUUAUCAGUCACCAUGGCAACAGGACAGUGGGAACGCUGCCUCCGCAGCUGCAAUAGACGAUGAUGAAGUUGAUUGACCAUCUGUUGUUAGAUUUCUAGAUCAAAGGUCAAGUUGUGUUAUGCAGAUUCCUAUUAACCAGUUUAUACCUGUGUCUUCUUCUUUUUGUGCUUGAUUUUUCUUCUUUGCUGCUUUUAUUAAAAAGCUGUUGUUUUUAAGCGUGCUUAUAAAAACUGCACUCCGAG